UUUUACAGUUACUACGUGUUCUACGAUGAAAUUGCACACAGGAAAAAGCCAUUGAACAGAAUGAUAGUCGAAAACAAACACCUUGUUUGUUUAUGAAUAUUCGCCACCUGUGAACCAAAGUUCAACACUAGAAUUUUUUUUCACUCCCACGAAAUUUUUGUCCAAAUUAUUUGUGCACUACGCAACUUUUUGUCUAGAAGGAACUUCAUUACAUAAUUUCUUUCUAGUACGAUACGUGGGCUGAAUGUUUCAUAUCGCAUCUGGACCAUCCGGUAUGAUACUCGAAUCAAGGGUUUAGAAAUACAUACGUAUGAAAAGUAUCAUUUCCUUUAAUUCCUAAUACUCCAUCAUAGUUUAGGUAUAUCAAGCUGCUGAUAAAAAUGACAUAUCGUAAAUACCUAUUUGGUUUCAUAUUCAAGUACGAACGUUACUUCGAGCAUAAGUUUAACACGGUGAAAUGAUUUUUGGCCCAAUGUCGGUGAAAUAUUACGUUAUUUUUCUUAUUUUACUAAGUGUGACUUACACAAACGGACGCUUACGUGACUGUGAAAGUAAACCAGGUACUCGUAGCUCUGCACUCAAAUGUUAUUUAUUUUCGAAUUUCGACUUGCUUUCACCUCCGCCUCAUGCGCCGUCUCGUGGUGGUACUAUAGCAGAUAUAGUUGUGACAUACGCUGAUUUAAAUAUCGAAGAUGGGGUACUUAUUUUGAUCGGGAGUAUAUUGAUGCAGUGGAAUGAUGAACGAACACGCUGGGACAAUGAGGACAUUCCAGGUCUAGAAGAUAUUAAGGCUGAUUCAGUAUGGAGGCCGAGUAUAACAUUGAACAAUAAUUUGUUUUUAGACGACAGAUUCUACAACAGUUCUUUCGGGGCUGGCCGCUUGGGAAUUAAGUUAGAUGGCGACUUGCAUUGGUUGUCGUCAGUGGAUUUACACACAAGGUGUGAAAUAAGCUCUAAUAGUUGGCCAUGGGAUCCGCAAAAGUGUAUCCUCAAUUUCACAAUCGAUAUACGAGAACUUUAUUUCCCUUUCUGCGAGCGAGUGCACAGUUUACCCGGAUUGCCAUCAUUAUGGAGUAUCACUGGUGUCAAAGAAGAAGGGGGGUUUCCCUAUGUGAUAUUUGAGCUGACCUUGCAAAUGAAAAACCGUUCCUUGCAAAUUGAUUCGUGUUUGACACUUAUAGCCGUUAGUUUGGUGCUUCUUCCAUCGUUUUUGAUAUCGCCAGAAAGCGGAGUCAAACUGACAUCCAAAAUAUUAUCUCUGCUCAUGCUCGUUAUUUCCCUGCUUAUGUUGAUGAAUUCAAUUCCCAAUUUCACCGUAAUAGCUCCUAAUUUCUUGAUCGCAUUUGGAACGAUAUUUUCAAUAGUGGGCAUAUCCAGCUGUAUCACUGCCUUCCUACUCAGAUUAGCUAGGAAAUCACACUCACAUCAUUCAUCUUUGAUCAAGACAGUUGGGAAUUUGAAAGAAAACAAACGUGAAAAUAAAGCGAUGAAAAUGGCAUCGUUUGAAGACAUCACACUCUGUGAGGACGAAUGCGCAAUUGAGGAAUCGCCGUCACAAAAAUCUGAAAGUGAAUGGUUGAGAAUUGCUGUAGUUAUCGAGUAUUUAUUAUUCACGAUUUGUGCAAUUCUUCUUAUAUUUCUUACCGUAAGUUUUAUAACCUAAAAUAGCGCAAAUGCAUUUUGAUUUGAUUAUAAUUUUGAAAGUUA